GUUGCUUUUUUUGUAACAGUAACCAAACACACACAUUGCAGCAACAAAGGAUGCAAAUUCAUCCACUCAACCUCAAAUUCAUGCUCUCUCCAACUCUGUUAACUUUCUCCUCUCUCCCCCGUUUCCACUUCAAAACCAAAUCCUUCUCUUCUUCUUCGUCUGCUGAGUUCUCACCAUGGUCCGGUCUCCAAGCCUGGCGGGAGAGUCCGCUUAACGAGAACCGUCUUUGGGGACCCAAUGGCCCAGAACCUCCUCCGCCGCCGUCACCUCCCUUUUCAAGUUUCAUCAAUGAUUAUGGAUUGGGUUUUGCUUCCUCUCUUGCCGAGCUAGGUGCUUUGAUUCUAUCCACUAGCGACCCCCUUACAAAAUCCAAACUUUCUCAUUUUGCUUUCUCCAGGUGGAGCAACGAGAAGCUUCCCAUUGGGGCCUGUGCUCCUCCUGCUAAGCCUGCUCGUCCUUCUAAACCCGAAUUGGUUUCCCCAAAGGAAAUUCCCACCCCCAAAGAUUCUGGCCUACCUCUAAAUGCUUAUAUGCUCCACAAUCUAGCUCAUGUGGAGCUCAAUGCAAUUGAUUUGGCAUGGGAUACAGUUGUUCGAUUUUCACCCUUUAGUGAGACUUUGGGAGAAGGAUUCUUUGCUGACUUUGCACAUGUUGCUGAUGAUGAGAGUCGCCAUUUUGCUUGGUGCUCUCAGAGACUUGCUGAGCUUGGUUUCAAGUAUGGUGAUAUGCCUGCUCAUAAUUUGUUGUGGAGGGAGUGUGAAAAAUCUUCUGACAAUGUUGCAGCACGAUUAGCUGCAAUCCCACUUGUCCAGGAAGCAAGAGGACUUGAUGCAGGACCGAGGCUAGUGCAAAAGUUAAUUGGUUUUGGAGACUCUAAAACAUCUAAAGUAGUGGCUAGAAUUGCUGAUGAGGAAGUUGCACAUGUAGCUGUUGGUGUAUACUGGUUUGCCUCUGUCUGUCAGAAAAUGGGCUGUGCCCCUUCUUCUACUUUUAAAGACUUGUUAAGAGAGUACAAUGUGGAGUUGAAAGGGCCCUUCAACUAUACUGCUAGAGAUAAAGCUGGGAUUCCCCGUGACUGGUAUGAGCCAUCUUUUACAAAUAAAGAAGACAACAAUAAGAAGAGUAAAAAUGAACAGCUCUCUGUGGUUUACGAGAGACUGGCUUCUAUCAUCUCCAUGGAGUGUGAAAAUGCAAGUUUGAAUAAGCCCCCAGGUUGAUACUCAUUUAAUAUAACAACUCAAAACUCAAGAUGUUAUGCCCUCCGAAUGCAAAUUUGAGCUCUACACCUGUGCUCACUCUCCCCCUCUCGAAAUCUAUAACUUGAGGCAUGUCAUUGUAAAUUGGAAACUGGAACUUCAGCCUCAGUAAUCUUGAGGGUGAAUGAUUCCUGGAGACACGACCUUCAGUUAACAUUUCCAGCUUCUAUAGAAGUAUACUGAGCUAGCUUUAGCUUCUACAUAGACGUGCAUGUUUGGUUAAUGUGAAGUCACUUGUUUCAUACUGUUAAUGUAACAAAUGCCCUCCAGUUUUGGAAGUUACAAUAUCAAAUCGGUGAGGAUUUUGCGUGCACUCAACAUGCUGGUUACGUAGCUUUGCUUGAUUGACCUUCUACUCUACAGAAACUCCUUAGUGAAUUUCAUAAGCAACUGCUUGAGACUUCUAUUCCUUUCUUGUGGGCUCCCUUUACGCAACAAUAAUAAGCUAACACUAAUGGCUUUUUUUUUUUUUUUAAUCAGAUCGGGACUGAAUCUAAUCACGAUUAAUCAUACAUAGUGGGUUGGGGCCAAGGAUUCUCCAUCUCUUUUAGUUUCAUGCAAGCCGCAUAUGGGGGAAGAUAAAUUAAAGGUUGUCUACCUUAUUUAUUUAUUUUUUUGGGUUAUGAUUGGUUCUGGGGCUCGAACUCGUGGCUUGUGCUGAGCUAAGGUACAGCGGAAGUCAAAAGAAGGUGGCCUGUAAAGGGGACAUAAAUCACUGAAUUAGAAUUUAGAAACUUUGCGGAAAUCCCUUUCAAGGUCAACAUGUAGAACUUGGGGCAUUCCUGUCUUUUAACAUCUGAUAAUUAUUAAACAAUUAAAAGAAUUACAAAAUUAUGACUAUAAGUGGACAUGGAUGAUUUUGCCUUCAAGGGAAAAGCUUCGAUUUUUUUUUUCUUCUGGGUCUAAUUUCGCAGAAAGAGAAACUGAGAAAGGCAGACAGAGUACGCGACUCUGCUUCUGGCUCGCUGUACUCAUAAACAACUUACGCGUAGCCUUCAAUAAUUGACUUAUUAUUUCUUUUUUAAAGUUUUGCACACAGUAUAUAAAGUAGAAAAAAGAAGAACAGAGAAUCAAGCUACGAAGCAAAGUUAGGAAAGAAGAGGAACGCAAGAAAAAAACAUGUGCGACGGUGAUUGUAGACCUUUGGGCUUUCUUUUAGGCCUUCCCUUUGCCUUUCUUUCUCUCCUUGUCUCCAUUGUUGGAAUCGUUGUUUGGAUUGUCGGGUUGCUGUUGUCAUGUAUAUGCCCUUGUUGUUUGUGCGUAACCAUAAUAGUGGAGCUGGCUCUGGAGUUGAUCAAGGCCCCUAUCCAUGUCAUGGAGUGGUUCACUUCUCAGAUUCCUUGCUAAUUCAUAUUGUGAACGAAGAUACUGACUGGAAUUUAGAUUUUUGGGUUUGAUUUCUUUUAUAUAUUGUGUUUUCUUUGCUCAUUGUCGUAGGAAAAUUUGUGUUGUGAUUCAAUGGUAUACAUAAUAGACAUGGGAAAGUUUCUGGAUUUUCUGAA